ACCGUAUCAUAGGCGCAUGGUACUUCCCUGCUCAGAUUACACUACAAAUCUGGGCAGUUCCUCGGAUAGAGCUGGAAGAGGGAAUUUGGGAGCGCGAGCGGCGCUUGGAGCGGAGCGCAGCUAACGUGCCUGGAAACAAAAGGUGAUAGGAAAAUAAACGGCACCGGCAGGGCUGCGCGGCGGCAGGAUCUGUGAAAAAAGGUAAUUCGGAUUUGAAGCUGAAUCUACAGCCUUCUAGAAACAAAAGCCCUUAGGUGUGCAAGUUUGGACUGGAGCCGUAUCUGUUUAGGAAGACUAUGGAUGGGCACCAGCUCUCCCAGCUGAGCUGCUUGAGUGCUGUCCUCCUCGUGCUGCUCUGGACCAGCAGCUCCUGGGCCCAGAAGGACUGCACGGGCGCCGAGUGCCAGCCCCUGGAGAACUGCAUCGAAGAAGUGCUGGAGCCGGGGGCGUGCUGUGCCACGUGUCUGCAGCACGGCUGCACCUGCGAGGGCUACCAGUACUACGACUGUGUCAACGUGGGCUUUAUCAAUGGCAAAGUGCCUGAAGGGCAGUCUUACUUCGUGGACUUUGGGAGCACCGAGUGCUCGUGCCCCAAGGGAGGAGGCAAGAUCAGCUGCCAGUUCAUGCUGUGCCCAGAGUUGCCCCCAAACUGCAUAGAUGCCGUGGUGCCAGCUGAUGGGUGCCCGCAGUGUGGGAGGAUAGGUUGCCUCCAUGAAGGCCAGAAGUAUGUAGCAGGCCACACGUUCCACAUGCCUCCGUGUAAGGUUUGCCACUGUCCCAACGCUGGCGGGGAGCUGAUGUGCUACCAGCUUCCAGACUGCAAUACGUUCGCCUUAAACACUGCCAGUCCCAUAGAUGCUGAAGAGAAUGAACCGGAGAGGCACUACGACGACCCGUACAGCUACGACCAGGAGGCACCAGAAGGAGACAACACCCAGGUGGAGUCUCCAAAGAAGUACAGGAGCUAUUCGUCCCAUCUAGAGCAAGAGAGCAUCAGCCAAGAGCAAAGCGAGGAUUACGACUACCUGCCGGUCAGCGUUGCUCCUUCAUCUCUGGCUCAAGCUGAUCCAUACGCUGAGGAAACUGCAGCAACGCCCACCACGCCAACGCCUAAGCUCCCUUCUGAGGUUAGCAGUGCCACGGAAGGAAGUGAGCGAAGGAGGGUGCCCCGCACCACUGCAGCAUCCCCCGCGCGAGUGACAAGUAAGGAAGCCCCAGUAACCACCAGUGCUCCUCAGGAGCACACCACACCUCCCCCUGGGACGCCUAAGCACUCGGGAGAGCUGGAGAGGAGACCAAAGGGGAAGCAAGGGGACAAAGAGAGGAAUGAACAAGAAAGAGCCCCCCACUCCAAAACAAAAAAGCAUGCACGGAAAGAGGACCCUGGGAACAGCAUGCAUCUGGGCUUGAAAGAGGUGAAUUUAACAGAGCCGGGUUGGUCAAAAUCUGCCCGUGAAACGCACGAAGGAAAUGCUUUCCCUAAGGUAAAGUUCAGUGCAACAACCUCUCCCCCUGUUGCCUUAAAGGAAGACCAUAGUCAAUCAUCCCAAAAGCAGUCGCAGACGCUUUUUCGUUACCAUCCCGAGGAAGAUGGGGACCCCAACUCCAUCCAUGCUGCUCCCAGGUUACCAGAAGGUUCCACAAAGGAGCUGAUUGAAAGCUGCUGUGGAGCUGGACAGCAGUGGGCUAUAGACAAUGGAGAAUGCACAGAAAUUCCUAUAAGUGGAAUGGACGGUGAUAUUUGCAGGAUUGCUCAGAAGCAGUGUUGCAUCUCCACCGUAAGGGAGAACAGCUGCCUGGCUGGCAUGAUCGCCGCGAAGGAGGGAGACGUGUGCGGACCAGAGGAGAGUGAGACCUGUGGAGGAUCGUCGUAUAAACAAUGCUGCGAUUGCUGUAAUCUGGGCCUGCGACUGCGGAGCGAGGGGAAAACCUGCGAGUCCAACAUAAAUCUGGGCUACCCCUGCAGCCAUGUGAUGUUGUCCUGCUGCGAAGGGGGGGAUCACUUUAUUCAUCCAGAAAUAAAAAAGCAUCCCGAGCCUUUGCCGACAGUGACACCUGAGAAGGUUUCAGAGACUGACGAUCACAACGAAGCGUUGUCCAUCAGUAAUGAAGCCGAACUGUCAAAUAACUUGCCUGGAGAUGACCUGGAUGAAUGUCUUAUCUACGGUGGGGAGCUCUGUCAGCAUUUGUGUAUAAACACUGUGGGGUCUUACAAGUGUUCGUGUUUCCCAGAAUUCACUCUGCAAGAUGAUGGGACCAGCUGUUCUCCAGAUCCCGACAGAAGACAAGCAACGAGGCUGGAAGCAGAAGCCACCAUCCCUCCAGCUGCCUCUCCAGCUCAGCCGCUGCUCGCUGUGUCCUUACAAGAAGAGCAGGAUAAGUGUAACGAUAAUGGCCCCUGCAAGCACAUCUGCAAUAUUGUGGAAGGAAAUGUUGUUUGCUCUUGUUUGCCUGGAUAUACUAUCAUGGCUGAUGGGAUUUCUUGUGAAGAUUUGGAUGAGUGCCUCACAGGUGCUCACGCUUGUUCCAGAAGACAAUUAUGUGUGAACACAUUGGGAUCAUUCUCCUGUGUCAACCACAGAGUGAUCUGUGCAGAGGGCUUUAUACUCAACAGGCAUAGAGAAUGUGUUGACAUUAACGAAUGCGUGACGGAUGCGCACACCUGCCAGCGGCGAGAGCACUGCGUCAACACGAUGGGGUCGUUCAAAUGUCUCCAGGAACUGAGCUGUCAGCCAGGCUACGAGCUUAAGGAUGGAGAAUGUGUUGAUAUUGAUGAAUGCAAGAAAGGAACUCAUAGUUGUAAAGUAAACUUCGUUUGUCAGAAUACAGAAGGAUCGUUCUACUGUGAAUCGAAGCAACGGUGCAUGGAUGGAUUUCUGCAAGACCCUGAGGGUAACUGUGUUGAUAUUAAUGAAUGCACAUCUCUCCCUGAGCCAUGUAAACCAGGAUUCAACUGUAUCAACACUGUUGGGUCUUACACCUGCCAGAGGAACAUGCUGACGUGCAGCAGAGGCUACCACGCCAGCGAGGAUGGGACCCGCUGCAUCGAUGUGGAUGAAUGUCAAACCGGUGUACACCGUUGCGGUGAAGGGCAGAUUUGUCAUAAUAUUCCUGGGGCUUACCGCUGUGACUGCAAGAUGGGCUAUCAGUACGAUGCAUUCAGCAGAACCUGCAUUGAUAUAAAUGAGUGCUGGAAUUACCCCGGACGCCUGUGUCAGCACACGUGCGAGAAUACUCCUGGCUCCUAUCAUUGCACUUGUUCUUCUGGUUUCCGCUUGUCCUACGAUGGGAAGCACUGUGAAGAUGUGAAUGAAUGUGAUACUAGUCCCUGCAGCCAGGAGUGCGCCAAUGUUUACGGUUCCUAUCAGUGUUACUGCAGGCAAGGUUUCCAGCUAGCAGAAGAUGGGCAUUCGUGUAAAGAUAUCGAUGAGUGCACACAAAGUGCAGGCAUCCUUUGUACUUUCCGCUGCGUCAAUGUUCCUGGUAGUUAUCAGUGUGCCUGUCCCGAGCAGGGAUAUACCAUGGCAGCAAAUGGACGAACCUGUCGAGAUAUCGACGAGUGUGCAAUAGGGACCCACAACUGCUCAGCCGCCGAGUCGUGCUACAACAUCCAGGGCAGCUUCCGCUGCCUCUCCUUCGAGUGCCCGGCCAACUACCGCAAGGUGUCUGACAUGAGGUGUGAACGCAUCAGUUGCUUUAAUUAUCUGGACUGCCAAAACACCCCAGUGCGCAUUACCUAUUACCAGCUGAACUUCCAAACCAAUAUUGUGGUCCCAGCUCAUAUUUUCCGUAUUGGACCGUCACCUGCCUACGCUGGAGACAACAUAAUCCUUACUAUCAACAAGGGAAAUGAGGAGAACUACUUCAGCACCCGGCGGCUGAACUCCUACACGGGCAUCGUCUAUCUCCAGCGACAAGUGAAGGAGCCUAAAGACUUUUUGUUGGAUGUUGAAAUGAAACUGUGGCGUCAGGGAACAUACACUACUUUUCUUGCCAAAAUUUACAUAUUCAUCACAGCUCAUGCGUACUGAAGCGUGUAUUGACAUUGGAAUUUAUUGGUGCUAUGCUCUUUACCUGUUCUACCAAAGCUUAAUACUGUUGAACUGGCAUUUAAUGUAUCUAGCCUUUAUAUUAUUUUUCUAUCAUUGCUUCAAACUUUUUUUAUUGGUUGUGUAAAUUAAGUUAAUUUUUAUCUUUUUUGGUCGUUUGUUUUCUUACAUACUUCUUUACAUCAUCGUUUGACAAUGAGCGAAGGAAGGGUUUGAAAGGCAGUGCAUGUAUUGUGUUAUAUGCUGGAACCUUUUCUUAGAAAUUAUUUUUUGGCUUAGUCACAUCUGCAGGGUGUUGCACUAGAAAGGAAAGAUGUUCACUUGGGAGCAUUGCUUUUUGCCACUGACUAAGGGAAAACACCUUGAGCGAUUUCUCUUCAUUACACAAACUCACGGUUUGGCAUAGCCACUGACGUCACGGAGGCUUCUCUGCGUUCAGAUGCUGUGUUGAAGGCUGCGUGUGAACACUGACGGUUAGCUCACCUCAUAUUAAAGGUUUAUUUUGCUCCUUCCAACUUUUAUAAUAUGUUGCCUAAAAAUAUAUAUAAAUAAAAGAAAACUCCACCAGUGAACAAGCCUAUGAUUGAGUCUUGCUUUAGUAGGACUACUCAUAUGCUUAAUGUUAGAUGUUUGCAAGACCAAGGCCUUAAAAGAAUAUCAUGCUUUAGAGUAAAAGCUCACAUUGCCAUUUUUAGUAGUCGUCCUUAUAGGUGCUUGAGUUCCUCUCUAUGCAAACCCAUUCUGUUUAGGUAACUAUAGAUGCAGAUUAUCUGUAUUAUAAUUCUUAAAGGAAUGUCAAAGAGGAAACAUGGAAAUAAUGAUACAAUCCAUUACCAUUCUUAUUUUGACCCUUGGGUGUGCAUUUGUGAUUUUAAAUAAAAAAAAGGGGGAGUUGCUUUUAUUCUUCAGGAAAAUGACUUCAGUUAUGCUACCAAAUGACGCAGAGGAAAAUGCUAGUUAAACUGGCAGUUUGUAUUAUGCCAUUUAGAAACAGCACAACCUAAGUUUUUAACUGGAUUUCCUCUUGUUCCAUAGAAAACUGGAUGAGGUCCAAAGUUGAAGGCCAGAUGUGACAAGAUAUAGUAUAAUCGAAAUAUUUGUUAGAAUUUAGGAGUGAAUAUCAGAACCUCUUUAAAGCUGAUACAAAAAAAAGAAAAGAAAAAAAAAGCUCCAGCAUUGAAAUUUUCUGAGCUUCCUUUGUUCCAGCUAUAAUUAUUCUGCAAAAUGUUUUAAAUGAAAUACAUAGCUACACUAUAUUGAUGUUUACUACACUACAGUUUAAUAAUCUGUUCUUUUCUAUAGUAGAUCUUAUUUUGACCGGUGUGUACUGUACAUAAAAUUGCAGAGAAGUCAAAUCUUAUGGCUUUUUAUGCCAUGAUCAACAAUUUUAUUAUAUUGUAAAAUAUUUGUACUGCGCCUUACAAUCUUGUAAACACCACCUGUAGGGUGAGAGAAGAGAUGUACUGUAUUCAUUAUAUCCCAAGGCCAAUUUCUACUACUUCAAAUAAGUCAUUUUUAAAAUGGGACUCUCUUAUUGAUAAUAAAAUACAAAUCUGACAACAUAAA